AACUAUCCGAGAGUCACCGAGUUACGUUAAUCUGAGCCAGACCCGUUUGUCGAGCUAGACUGUUUUCUUCCACAUGACGAGUGAGUUUUUCAACUCCAACCUUGUUCCAGCCCAGAAACCAUAUUCUGCGCGCGUCCUGGACGCACAAAGGGACGCAUUGUGGGUCUGAAUACAGAAAGCAGCCUAACAUCUCGAUUUUCUUUUUUUAAAAUAAUAAACCUUUACUACAAUCGCCGCCAGAAUGCGAGACUGAAGAAGACAAUUAUUUGGUUCAUUCUGGAGAUUUUUUCUCUCUCUCUCGGUUUUUUUUUUUGGGGUGGGGGGAGGAUUUAAAACCUCGCGAUGGAUGAGCAAGAGGGUCCGUUAGACUUCCAGGCGCUGAGGGCCAAGUUCCAGGACAAAGAAUUCCUGCUGGGGCCACCAAAGCCCAAACCUGUUGUUGCUGAGAAACCAAAGGUCAUCCCUCCUCCCCUUAGCCCCACUCAGCACCUUCCGCCAGGAGCACGCCCCUCCCUGCUCUCCUCCAUCAACCAGGCCUUGGAAUCAAAGUCGGUUAAUUCCCCCAGAGUGAUAUUCAAGGAUGAGAACAAGGACAACAAGAAGAUUUUUAUCCAUGGUAACUCAAAACCCAAAGACAAAUCUGACGGGAAGACGAAGGAAAGCAAGGAGAAGCUGAAUGAAAACUCAUCGGAUCACAAGGAGAAGAACGGAAAGAAGCCUCCGUUCUUUGGGACACAGAAGGAGAGCACAGCCGAGCUGGUGCCAGCCUUGCCUCCUCCGAAGUCCAAAACACAGAGGAAGAAGAAUAUUCUUGGUUUCAUAAAAUCUUCCAAGAAGGAUCCAGCAGCGACCUCAGCUGACUCAAUCCUAGACUCUACGAACGUGAACCUUCCUGGACCCACACCGCUGAUCCCAUUGGCUUCUGAUGCUGACGAGGAGGAGUCUAUAUACUUGGUACCUAGGCAGAUCCCACGAAAGAUCACCAUCCCUGAAUCCAGCGCUGCGGUGGACCUGACAACCCUCUCUCCAAUUCCCGACCCUCCCGACUUCUCUCCUCCACCUGCCAUGAUCCCAGCUACCCCAGCUUUCAAAAUCCCACCCCCACAGAGUGAAACCCCACCUCAGAUUGAAAGUCCUGCUUCGUCAGUUUCUGACCUGCCCAGCCAAAACAAAAUUGUUCCCAUUCCUUCCAUUGAUGCUCCCCCUCGCCCAAUCAUUCCUGCUCCCUCUCCUCCACUUGCUAAUGCGCUCUCUCUUACCGUUGCAACUCCUUCCCCUCCAACCGUUGUGACUCCCUCCCCUUCAGAUACCGUGGAUCCUUCUCCUCCACCCAGAGCUACAGAUGCCCCACCCAGAGCUAUUUUCUCUCCUCCACCGAGUUUUGCCAACUCCGAUCCUUUUCCCGAGUUCUCUGCUCCCUCCACCGAGCUUCAGGCAGUAGCUGGUUCUGACGUGGAGGUGGCUCUUCCAGCUGCUGUAGAAGCGAUGGACUCUACUCCUUCCAAACUAGAACGUCCCAUCUCUGCCCUGUCCGCCCUGGGGAGGGCGGAGGACAUGAGUACUGGGAAGAGAACCCCUCCGAGUGACCCGAGGAUCUUAAGCGCUCUGGAGAAGGCACGCAAGAAGGCCGCCAGCCCCAUGUCUAGCCCCACUCCUCCACCCAAAGUCUUUCCUUCUCACCUGGAUCCCGCCCUCAGCGAUGCAGAGUUUCCGCCCUUCGAGGAUGAGGGAAAGAAACUCCCGUCGAUUAAAGCAGAAGUUAACUUCCCUGACCACAGGGCAGCUUCUCCGGCAUUGCAAAGCCUCACGGAGGAGGGGUCCAACCCUCCCCUAGUUGCGGUUGCGGUUGCGGCUCCUCCACCCAGAGGGGUCCUACCAGACCGAGAGACUUUGGCUCCGGCGCCAGAGAAACCUAAAAGACCUCAGUCUGCCAACUUGAGCCAGUUCAUCCCCCCUCCUCCUAUUAUACCUGAAGAGAUUCCGGUUCCACUUGAGAGUUUAGAGGCCGAAGCCACAGACGUACCAGGAUUUGACGAUUUGGAGGAUGCCUACAGCCCAGAGCUGCCGGUGUCCCGAUGUGGGACUGAGGAGCACACGGGUACCGACGUUCCAGACAAACCAACCCAGUCAGAGUUUUAUGGCAACGGGAUAACUCAUCCAGAAACAGAGGUCCAAACUAAGACAGCAUAUGGAGAAAUUAAGCUGGACAGUCCUCUGCAGGAACAAUCCCUAAAACCCACUGAGGACCCUCAAGCACUACUCCAAAACAUUAUGUACGAAAGCAACGACGACGUGUACGAAUUCAUCAACGUCAGCUCCAGCAAAAAGAAGGCGAAGAGCAGCAAUGGCAAGAAACGCAAAGGGGCCCCACAAAAUCCAUAUGUCGAGACGGGACAGGAAACGUUUCGGGAGAAAACCAAGACGAGCAGGUUCGGCAGGAGCGAGAAGAAGCACGCCUCAGACAAGCCGGAUGAGAAGGAGCUGAAAAAGAAGGAGAAGCAGCGGCUGGAGAAGGAGAAGAAGGAGCUGAAGGAGAAACAGGAGCGGGAGAAGAAGGAGCAGAAGGAGAGGGAAAAGAAGGAGAAUGAGAUGAAGAAAAAAUUCAAUGUCACAGGGCAGGAGGAAGCCAUGUACCAGGCAAAGGUAAAGGUCACCGCAAAGGGCCGUAAGCACGAUCUGCCCGUCAAGAGCGGCGACGUCAUCAGCAUCAUCCGAACCACCGAGUGCCCCAAGGGGAAGUGGCUGGCCAGGGACAGCUGCAACACCUAUGGGUACAUUCCCGUGGAUCACGUGGAGAUGGACUUCAAGGAGAUUUUGGAGCUGGGAAAGAAGACUCCCCGCAACAGCGCCAUCAUCGAGGCCGAAGCCGCCACGGACAGCAUGGUGCUGAAUCACUUCAGUCGUUCGCCGGGAAGCUUCUCGGACGACAGUGAGGAGUGGACCGGUGACGACGAGACGCUCUCACCCAACCCUGAAGCUUCUGACCAGUUGCCGGGGGUUCACACACGGACUAUCUCCAUGCCAGAGAUGGGAAACCAGGACCUCGACGUAAACCACCAGCACAGUCACAGUGACAUGAGCGAAAACCCUCAGAUCCAAGCGAGGCAAGAAGCACUUUACAAGUUGGUGACAUUCUUCAGCACACCGAAAUCUGCGCAUCCGACUCCAAAUGAGCCCGAACCAGAAAGGAGGAGUCCUACACCUGUGCAGGAAGAAGCUGCUAGUGCGCCACAGGAAAGUUCAACUCCCGAGACAGAGUUUGACCCUUCAGCCGUCAUUUUACCUCCUCCUGACAUGUACGCAGACUCCAUGCUGGAUUCAUCGCUGUACAGCGAGCCAGUCAAAAAUCUCCCACGUUGACCAGGAUCUUCCUGCCGUGGCAAGCCGCAGCCAUGUGACCCUUUGCCAAGAAACGACAUCUUCCCGACUUCAAUAUUUAUCUGAGAACUGCAACCAUGGAUCAAUACACUGAGGAGUGAACCAGCGUCUAGGCAAAUGGAUAUGUUACUGCUGUUCCUUGAAGAUGUUGGUAGGAGGAUUCUUUACGUUGGACCUAGAUGGAGUCUUCUUUUCUCAAGAGAGAGCAUAAAAGCAACAAUAACAACUUUACUGACCGACACAGACUGGGCAAUACCAGAAAAGUACAACUUGUGGCGGAAGUAAAGGAUUAAUUAAACUGCAGUUUUUCUACUUUCCUAUGCAAACUAAGGGAAGUCUUGCAAUCAACUUUUCUUCAGAUUAACCGUCGAUCCAAAGUUGAAUCACAGCUCAAAUAACCCAAGACCCUGAAUCUUUGUUCUUGUCUGCAUGAAGCGUCAAGAAGAGUAGGAUCAUUAUUAUCUACAAAAGUCUCAGGGUUCGCUGCAAGGGACUGAAUAUUUGAAACGAGCUAAGACAUAAAUAACCACCUUUUGUUUCCUCCAACAAUUUAACAGUUUCCACAGAAUUAUCCGGAACUGGUCAGUUUAAUUUCCAAGUGUUUGAAUCACUGUUUGUUUUUUUAACUUUACAUGGAUCUUUUUCUUAAAAAUUCAAAUUUAAAAUUUCAGAUAACCACUUUAGCUUGUUUAAGAGUAUGUAUCUAUUGUUGUUGUGAUAUUUAAAUGAUCACUGAAAAGGAUGGUUUUUUGAAGAGAGAUUCAAUGACGUUAUCAGUAACACCAGUAGUAGAAAAAUGAAUGUAGCGCUUGAAGGUUGCCUGUUUUAGAUUGCAAAAAUUUGCUAAACCUGGGCUAGCUACUAGCUUCCACAUUUCUAUGGACUUAUUCACUUUUCUACAACUCACUGCAAAAUGGCAUCUUUCCAACAAAGGCGAAGGAGAAAUUGCUGAUAACUUCACAGAAACCUCACUUCAAAAAUUCCAGACUGCUCGGUUUACUGCCUUGCAUUACAUAAGAUCUAAGGACUGCGAUUGUUAAAUGUGUAACUUCAGAAUGGCGUUAGCGUGUCUACAGGUCAAACUUUUAGAUAAAAACGUCAACAUCCAGCUUUCUUUUCUAUAAUUUAACGGCUCUGCAGGUGUCCAUGCAGAGCCGGAUACCUUUACAUCGUCCUCACAAGCCGAUGUAAAAACUUAAAUGUGUGUGUAAAAGCUCGGCAGUGGAAAGACACUCGAUGACGACAUUGCUGUUUUUGCAUGUUUAUUUUAAUAAAUACUCCUUAAAGUGCAA